UGUUGUUGUUCGUCAGCAGCUGUGGAAGGACUGUCACUCGCUGCCACCGCGCCUGGGUGACUGGGUCUGGCAGUCGGAGAAAAAGCUUAACAGCGAAAGGACAUGGAUCGCCCCUCUCCAGCGUUUAGGUCGCCUUUUGGCAGGCCAUGGAUGACGAACACUGGUGCCGCCGCGGCCGGGGGAGGGGGGAAAGGACUGAAAGGCAUUGUAGCAGGUGGUAUAACUGGUGGGAUCGAAAUUUGCAUCACUUUCCCAACAGAAUAUGUCAAAACACAGCUACAAUUGGAUGAAAAAAGUGGUGGUGCAAAAAAAUAUAAUGGCAUUAUUGACUGUGUCAAGAAAACUGUUAAAAGUCAUGGUGUUUUUGGCCUCUAUCGAGGUCUUUCCGUCCUUCUUUAUGGCUCUAUUCCAAAAUCUGCAUGCAGGUUUGGUGCUUUUGAAGUGCUAAAAAAACACAGUGUAGAUGAACGAGGAAACCUUUCACCAGGAAAACGUUUACUAUGUGGGUUAGGAGCUGGUAUUACUGAAGCUAUUUUUGCUGUGACUCCAAUGGAAACGGUCAAAGUGAAGUUCAUUAAUGAUCAAAGAUCAGCAAAUCCUCGAUUCCGUGGAUUUUUCCAUGGAGUAGGGGUGAUCAUCAGGGAGCAAGGCCUUCGGGGAACAUACCAGGGUGUAACUGCAACAAUCUUGAAGCAAGGAAGCAACCAAGCUAUGCGUUUUUAUGUGAUGGAGACUUGCAAGGAUGCAUAUAGAGGAGGAGAUCCUACAAAGCCAGUUCCUAAAUUGAUUGUAGGUUUGUUUGGUGGCCUUGCUGGUGCUGUAUCUGUGUUCGGUAACACCCCGAUUGAUGUAGUCAAGACAAGAAUGCAAGGUUUAGAGGCCAGCAAAUAUAAAAAUACUUUUGACUGCUUCUUGAAAAUAUGGAAGAAUGAAGGACCACGGGCUUUCUAUAAGGGAACUGUACCACGACUAAGCCGCGUGUGCCUUGAUGUGGCAAUCACCUUUAUGAUCUAUGAUAGCUUCAUGGAGCUUUUUGAGAAGGUCUGGAAAUAGAACUUUUCAUAUUGUUAUGAAAAUCCUGUUCCUUAAGUGUGGAAACCAUUAAAGGAUUUUUACCAAGGUAAGAAUUGCAUUUUUCUGAGUAUCUAAAAAGUGACAAGUAUCAGUAAUCAUAUCAAUACUGUACUAUUUUUAUAGUUUAACUUAGGCAUACAGUGUUGAGGAGUAUGAUAUGCUUUGAAAAGCAUAUCAUAUGAGAAUAGGGCAAUGUUUGCACAAACAUAGCAGCAUAAAUUGAGUGAUCAUUUUUAAUCUUUUUAUUUUUUUUAUUUUUGUAUAUGAGAUACAGAGAGUAUGUUUGAAAAGACAAUUGCCUUCUAUAAUUUUUAUAAAUAGCAUUACCUACCCUGAACUUUACUGUACAAUACAUACAGGAUUUUGUAAUAUUUUUGUAAAUUGCACUAGUUUGUUAAUACUGUUGUUUCUAUCUGGUUACACGUAGUGUAUAUUUGAUUAAAUAGCUGUUUUUAUUGAUUGUUUACUUAUGGCAAUUUGAAUCUAUAUUGUAUGUUUAAGCAAUUUUAUUUUACUGUUUGAGCAGUAAACACAAUAUGCAAAUUACAAACAAACACCAGUUUAAACUGUCUUAACGCUAGAAUUAAUCUGUCUCUCCUUAAACGUUUUUAUAUAGUAAUUUCAUUUAUUCUUGGCAACAUUCCAAGAAUCUUUUUCCAAAAGGUGGUAACAUAAUAAAAUCUUUAACUUUAUUUUAUAUCUGUAGAGAUCAUUCUCUUUGGCAUAUAAUUUUUUGUGUCCAAUCAGUAUACAAACCUUUAUUUCACUGAGUCCAUAGCACCCAGUGUGCCAUGUUAAGUAGGCAAAAACUCUUAACUACUCGGGUAACUUCAAUACCAGGGAAAACCCCCUUACUAGUUACGUAUAUAAAAAGAUAUGUGGUGAUUUUAUUAUACCAACGUGUGUUUGAAUGUUCUUUUCUUUCCACCUCACAACUCACUCUACAAAAGGUUGUUUUAAUUCAAACAUCAGCCCAGUCAGAAUCUUGAGCUGUACAUGAGAGAUGCCCAACAUGAUGCAGCUGCAGUUGAUGGAUUAUCAACAUGUCAGGUGUACAGUACAGAGGCAGACAACAACAGACUCUCAGAGAGCAUUCAGACAGAAGUACCAAAGUAGUAUAAUGAUGAAGGGGACUUGAAAGAGGACUAAUUAUCAUUUAUAAUUGUCAGCGUUAAAUUGACAGUUCUUUGAGGAAAUAAAAGUAUAGGUGAACUGAAAGAUGGUAUUGACAAGAACAGUUCAAUCUGGGCAAAGGAUCUUAAAGAAAAAAAAUUCACAUGCAAGGUACGUAAUCUGAGGAUGACAUGAACAUGCUAGACUCAUUUACAGAAGUUGAAGUAUAGCUACAUAAAGUGAGGAAGCUUAGUUCAGUAUUUCCUCUUAAGACCCAGUUGUUGGUGAUUUUCAAGGCCAUGGGAGAGGUUCCCUUUCACUAUUCUGGAUUCUCAUCUUUGGAGGAAAUUGAGCUGACAGACAAGGUCACUGGGAAGAUGUCCAGGAUGUACUGCAAAACUCUUACGCAGCAAAUUAGGUCUGGUUACCCUUAGUAAGUAAAGAAUUGUCUCCUAUACUAUUGUAGUAGAUUGGUUUCCUACGAGGCUGAAGAUUCCUGUGGUGUAGGAUGUCAUGUAAGGACCUGACCUUGUGACUUUGGGGCAGCAGGAAUUACCAGUAUUUUCCCUUUUGGCAUCUUGAAGUUUUAGAGGGAAGAUCAGAUAUCUUGUAGUAGUAAACAUCAGCACCUUGCAAUUUCAAUAUAGUACACUGUUAUCACAGGUCUCAGUGUUUAAGGAAAUCAGAAUGGUUAAAAGAGUAAGUACAAAGUAUGCAAUUCCAUUUCUGUCUUAUAUGUUGAGAACUUCUUGAACCCCAGUGGGACAAUGCACUCACUAGAUCCCAGACAACAGCAAUUGCAUUGACUGUCACAUGUUGGGAACUUGAACCCCAGGGGGGGGAUGCAUUUACCAGGAGAUGAAGGAGGUCAUCUAAUUUAGAUUGCUUUUGUGAACCAAAAAGUACUUUAUGCUUCUGAGAUUCUCAAGGUGCUGUAAACCAAGUCAGGUACCAAAUGGAAACAAAAGGUUAAAGGAGUAAAACAGUGUAGCCACCUCAUCUGUGCUUGUAACUUCAAAAAAUACCUUUUUGUUUAGCACUCAAGGCCAACAUAUCUUACUUGGAUUGGCUGCAACAUUGGUAAGUAAUGUUACCAGUAUCAUGAGGAAUGUAACAGUAGAAAAUGUUUGUGACAAAUAACUUAGAUAUACAGUGAAUUUUCAUUAUAUCUAAGGGGGCAGGAAGUUGGGCACUGGUAGUCAUCCUAAUAAUUCUCAAAAAUGUAUCUAACAACCAAUUUUCAGGAUUGGUCAGUUAGUGCAAGCAGGAUGUCCAUUAGAGAAGGGACUCUAUGAUAUCCUCAGAACUAAAAGCAGUGCUGUUUCAGAAGUUGAUCCCUAUGAAGAGUAGGAUAAAUUGAGAUAUGUUUAGAGGGGACCUAGUUUGAUUUCAUGACCAUCUAUUUUGAUAUUUGGUACAGGCAGUCCCCGGUUAUUGGCAGGGUUCCAUUUUCACGGCUUGAUGAUGACUGAAAAUCACUGAUAACCGAAAAUCAGCAAUUUUCAGGGCUUAUCAGUGCUGAUAACCGGAUUUUGGUGCCAAUAACCUGUUAAUGGCACCUCUGUUAGGUGUGUUUCAGACCCAUACCCAGUUAUCAGUGCCAAUAACCAGAAAUCGGCGCUAGACAAGCUCCAUAAAACCGGAUUGCUAAUAGCUGACAUCACUGAUAAUAAUACCUAUUGGAGCACAGACCCAUUCUUAAAGAAGAAUUAAUAGCAUUUCUGAAAUUUAUAGCUGCUGCUUAAGAUGUACUAUGUAGUAAAGGUUUGGGAAGAGGUUUAUAGUGUUGAAUGGCCUGAUGAUUGGAAUAUCCAGGGAUACCAUCUUCAACAAUCCUUGUCCUUGAAUCAAUGCAAUAGGAAAAGUGAUCAGCAAGAUAGGAUGGACAAAUUCUGUUCCAGAUGCUUCUUUGCAAUUUGGACAAAUUCUGUUCCAGAUGCUUUUCUGCAAUUUGCAGAUCCUUUUCAAAUAUUUCAUAAUGCUGGAAAAAUUUUGCAAAGUGAACUUAAUCCUUGUUCUCCCUAAAUUGGAAACAUCUACCUAGACAUUUCCAUCAGUGGCUGCUUAAUUAUGACUUGUAGGCCUUAUGUCAACAAGCAGUGAUGAUAAAAUGAAAAACAGUGUUGUGAAAGGUGCACUGUAACAAAGCUCAGGGAACACUACAGUGAUUUGACAUUCAGGCUAACUGAGGAUAACUACAUCCUGAUACCUGUCAUUUCAUGAUAGGCACAAUAAGGGAAAUAUUUGGUCAGCAAGGUAGGAUGAACAAAAUUUUUGCAGACACUUAAAGACGUUGCAUGUACCACAUCGGGGGUCAGGAAUGGCCUAUUUCGGAUAUGGAGUGGGCUUCACUCCAGCUAUUACAGAACUAGUUAGUAGCUGUGGAGGCAUACAUCAGGACAUUCCAAUCAACAAAUUAUGCAGAUGGAAUGAGAAAAGAACAUUUUUAUGGUGGUACACCUUGAAUCUUUCAGGAUCACAUGCACACCUAUUUCUGUUGUAUUCACAUCAGCAUAAAGUCAAGAAACUCCCUUCAUAAACACAAGUGCCUAACUGACAUGGGUGCAGAAAAGAGCACUUGCCACCCACCCAUGUCUUCAAUUCCUUGUGUUGGACCACUUUGUAACAGUAACCUACCUCAAAGCUGAUACACACGCCAGUAACACCAGGUCUUUCCACUGGAAGUCAUUUUUAAACUGCGGUGUCCUCCUGCAACAUCAAAUCACCAACUUACAAUUCUUUACUGUCAAAUCCUGAGACCUGUAGGCACACACAGUGUUGCAGAGAGAACCUGGAAGCUUACAUUCACGCUAUUUUCUUAUGUGAGGUUUCUGCUAAUUAGGAUUCAUUGCAUCAUUUUGGCAGUAACAGUAGUCUUAACAGUUGCUUUUGGUGUUUAUAGGGGUUUAGCUUUUCAACCUGAAAACUGCAGUUUUUCUGACAGAUUUCUUAAAGGCUUCAAUAUGAGUUUUUGCAGGUUCUCUUCACUAUGUAGGUAAGUUAAUGGCAGUGUUAAAAAAUCUCAAGGCUGUUCAGUGACUUUUAUAAAAAAAACUGAAAAAACAAAAGGCCAUUAAUGAUUUAAUAAGGUACCAAACUAAGAUCCUUAUGAGGUCUCAUUCAGGUCUUUCUGAAAGGGGCAAGUAACAUUUCGGCAUAGGCCAUUUGGCGUAGAUGAUUCGGCAUGGCCGAUUCAGUGUAGCCAAUUCAGCAUAGCCCUUUCUAAAGAGAAUUUUUUUUGGCGGAGGGUAAUUUUUGUGUCAGAUUAGUAACUCGCUGUUGUGGUGUUAGAAAAUUUAUCAAAAUUAAGCAGUCUCCUUGUCUGGCUUGUCAUUAUCUCUCUCUCUCUCUCUCUCUCUCUCUCUCUCUCUCUCUCUCUCUCUCUCUCUCUCUCUCUCUCUCUCUCUCUCUCUCUCUCUCUCUCUCUCUCUCUCUCUCUCUCUCUCUCUCGUCAUAGUCAAAUUAGCUAUUUUAUCCUAGUCAUAAUAGUUUUAAUUGCCAAAUACUAGUCCAAUUAGGCCUAAGAUAGAAACUGUCAUAGAACUCGAUGCUCGGUUCAGCUUCAAAUUUUCCCGUCUUCUAAGCCCUAUCAUUCAAAAUAGUAUCAAAUAAUAUUUUAUCAAAACGUGGAAAAAUAAAGUGAUACACAGUGGAUACCUUUUUAUUUUUGAUGCAACAAACAAAGUAAUCCUGAAUUAAAGGUUUGGAGAUGUGAACUUAAAGAUUGAUGUUGCGUGAGAUUGCAUAUGAAGGAUGGAAAAGUUAUUUACCAGUUUACAGCUAGAUAUCAGGCACCCCCCAUAAGCUAAAUAAUAUAGAGAUGCUGAUGUUUUCAUUGUUUUUAUCCUUUUUCAUCCAUUUUUGGACCUCCAGCCUGUUCUGGAUUCUCCUGCAUGAAAAAUAUAUCCCAAUAAAAUUCUAAAAAUAGUGAUGUCAAAAUGUUCUGACACCUUUACGGCUACAUCUAAUAACCCAAUUAUUUCUCUGACGUUGAAUCGGCCACGCCGAAUCAGCUACACCAAAUGGGCUACACCAAAAUGUACCAAACCCUUCCUAAAGGUAUCUCUUGAUAAACUGUUAGGAAACCAUCAAACCUUAUGUUAUUGUUCAAGGAUUAUAUACCAAAAACAGCCUCUCCAUCCUGUGCUAGGACUAACAGAUUCAAGCUGAAGGUCAUACUUGCCAAGGAAUAUUCACUUUGACUAUCAUGUUAUUAAUCAGUGCAAAGCACCUGUUUCCUGAUGAAUCCUGUUAUAUCACAGCUCCAUUUGGCAUUCCGUUGAUGUUGAAUUAUUGUAGGCAAUGGGGAAUUCAUGUCUUUGUACUCUGAGAGAACCAAGGAGGAAAAUGGCAUUCUUUUGCCUUCUUGGCCAACAUGUCUUGGUCUAUAUUAUAUAUGCCAUUCAUCCAUCCCUUGAGUGAUACUUUAAGACCAGUGAACAUAAAAGACUGUGUAAGAGUACUACAUUAAAGCUAUACUGUUUAGAAAAACUUGGUUUGUACAACAGCUACCCAGACCUGGGUCACUGUUGUACAAGUCUUUUUGUGUAAUGAUAGAAUAUUUUUAAUGCUGAGAUAGUUAUUAUCAAUACUAGAGAGAAAUAUCACUUAACAUGUUGUACAUACAUUGAAAUCUCGCUCAUUACACCAUUGUCACAUUAUUGACAGUGUUCACAGGGACAUUAAGUAAAUAGAUCAUUUCAUUAUGAUGCCCCUUUCGCCUCUGUCCAUUCCCCUUACUUAUUGAUCACAUGGUAACUAAACAAUUCUGCUCUUUAUGUAGCACUACUUUAGUUUAUUGUGCAUAAAGGCUAAUAUUUUAUUAGAUACAUCACUCAUUUUUUAGAUAGAGAUUCUUCAUAGGUGAAAUAAAGAGUAUAUACUGGACAUGGACACAAAAAUAAACAUCACCCACUUAUUUUAUUAAUUGAUUGUAUUUUCGCUGACCUUGUUAUUGGUUUCACUCACAUCAGCCCUAGGUGCUGCGGCUGUGAAUGACAUUUGAAUAGCGAGUUGUAAUUAAUUGUGAUGGGAUACCUAAUUGAGAUAUUGACUGAUGUUUUCACUUUAUUUCUAUUUAACUGUUUUUGGAUAUGCUUUCUAUAUGACAAUUAAAAUAUACAAUUGAUUAUGUAUUAUGGAAUUUAAAAACUAAAUUUUUUCAUUAUUUUUGUAGAUAAAAUAAUUUCCUUUCCUCAUUAUAUGAUUAUAAAUUGAUACCAGAUGUUCCUCACACCACUUAUAAAUGUACUGUACGUAUUUGUAAUAUUGCUGGCUCUCAGAAUUUACACUAAAACUGCUAGUUGUUAUUUUAGUGGAAAUAACAUAUUAAAAGGGACCACUUCUCAAUUUUUUUUUAUAUAUUCUUUUCCGUGGGUUACCUGAAGUGUUUACCUUUUGACAGCAUUUAGUACAUAGAGCAUUAUUAUAUUGAAAGAGCUCUGUGGAAUAUUAUGUUUUGCUCUAUCAGUUUGUAUAUUAUUUUCUAUCAUCAUCAUUAUUGUUUACAUUUUACAAAGAACCCCUUUUUUAAAUAAGUGGCCAGUUUGCCUUGUGGGUAAAAUUUGGUUGAGUUUAGUGUGCUGUACAAAAUUAAUUAUGAUUAUUAUAUAGAAGAUAUGUAAUUAUGUAUGGUUAUUGUAAAAAUAACCUACACAAUCAAGAGGUAAUUAUCAUGGAAAAUGUGCAUCUGUAGAUAAAAAGAGAAACCAGCUUUUGGAUGGUGUGAAAGUGCUUCAUAAUUUUGUAUUUGUUCCAUAGAUAAUCUGUAUUACUCUUGAAGAUUUGUCUUUCAUAAGGCAAACAGUAAAAAUACAAGCAUUCUAGAGAAAUCCCUGUAAUGCUUAAACAGUAUCCUAGAUUGUAUUUUGAUUUGAUCUGUACUUUCCAAGAUGCCACUAGUACAUGAAAGGUAAAUCAUGAAUGUUGAUAUGUUUGAAUAAAUUACCUGAAAUGUAUAGUUUUGUCGCUAGUAUUGUUGCAUAUAAAAUUUAUAGAAAGCUUUAAGUAUUAUAUUCAGAUAGAAGAGACAGUUGUAGGUACAUUUUAAAUUUUUGCAUCCUUCUUCACAUUAAAUUUGACAAAAAGUAAGGAUUCCUAAUGUAGGCUAACAAGGUAAAGAAGAUAGGAACAGUCUUCUUUACCUUGUUAGCCUAAAUUAGGAAUCCUUAUUAGAGUAAGUUUAAAAUGGAUAAGGAGCAAAAUGGAGCACAGCAUUGUUGGAACAUCAAGAUGAAAGUAAAGACUUAUUGCAAUGCCAAGUAGUAAUUUAUUAUUCAAAAAAAUUUUUUGUGUUAAUUACUUAAUUAUUAAGAUUUUCCUGACAUCAUAACUACUAUUUGUGGAAGAUGAACUGUGAUAGGUAAAAGAGGUUCAUGAACUGAAAGUGCAAACGUCAGUUUCGAAAUAAAAAAUAAAUGAAUGAAAUAGAAAAUAUAAAUAAAAUAAAUACAUAAGAUGAAGUAAAAUUAAAUACAUAGUAUAAGACACAGGUAUUUCCAACAUCAGCAUACAUUAUGUUGAAGUCAUCAAUGAUUUAGUUUUGAAAAUAUCUAACAUAUAAAAUCAUUUACAAAAAUUAGCUGGAAGAAAAAAUUUGAACAAAUUAAGCUGUGGUUUAGCUAUUAGAGAACAAUGGAGUAAAUAUAUUUAGAGAGCUAACAAACCUCUUGUUCUUGUGAAUAGAACCAAAUCUUAGUUUUGUAUUAUUUAAGAAAAGUGACCAUACAAUAUUAGUUCAGUUUUGUCCACAUGAUUUCCUUCCCCAGGAAGAUAACAAAAAUAUAUUUAACAAAUGAGCUCAGUUCUAUCGAUAGUAGUUUGUAAAUCCAAGAGAUGAGGAGAGACAUGGUAGCUACAGAGAGAUAGAUAAAAGAUGUUUAAUAGUUGAGAUACACUACACAUGCAGUACUGGGUAUUGUGCCAACAAAUUUUAUAUACACUACAUAUUUAUUAUAAUUAGUAUUUGUUUUGAAUAGAGAUUAUUUUAACCUUAGAUAAUUUAAGAUAGCAUUGCUUCCUUCCAGCUUAUGAUUUUUUUAAUGUAAGCACAGAAAUAAGCUUUGAAUGGGCACCUAUUUUUUAUUUAAAAAAGAGAAAACAUGUUCAAAUACUGGAUUUAGUAGGAGAGAUUUUUUGUGAGUUGUCCCAUUCUUACAGAAAACAGGUCUAUAUAUAAGUAAUUUUUGAGUACUACUUACAAAUUUAGAUAUGCUACAGGAUUAGAGUAAUGUCAUGAAAAAUAACUGACCCCUACGUACACAUACAUACUGCACAUAGUACUAGAAUCAUUCAGUACAGGAUCAACUUGUAACAGCCCUCUUUAGUAAUUGAUUGUAUUGUGUGUUGUUAACUUAUAAUGUACGUAUAUUGCAUGAUGUCAGCAAUUUUAUUAUUCAUAGUAAAUUUAUGACUGACUAAAACAUCAAAAGCAGAUGUUUUGAUGGUGUGUCAUUUUUUAAAUUCAUGCUGAUUUUUAGGGUUUUGUGCAAUUAUUUUACUAAGUUCCAGUACUGCAGUAAUUCAAAAUAAUUUUAGUAGCAACAGCACUACUAAUAAUAAUGAUGAUGAUGAAAUUGUAGGACAUCUAUCAUGGUUUUAGGUAGAGGAAAAUUUCUUGUGAGGUAUUUGAGUGUAUUUGAUGUAUUGCCUUAUGUUAGCAUUACUAUUUUGAUUGUUGAAGUACCAAAUAGUGUUUGUAGUAUUUUUGAUGAAUUAAUCUCCAUAUAUUACAAACUUGUUUCAGCAUAGUUUUGGGUAGUAAAAUUAAAUACUGAAUAUAAAUAGUACAUUUCUUUCAGUUCAGAAAUUGUUACAAGAAUCAUGUAGACAUUUCUGUUGCAAAGUGGUAUGAAGUAAUUUUGAACAAUUAUUUUGCUUAUUGGGAUGAACAACUGAAUGAUCGUAGUGUAAUGGAGUAUUUAAACUGUCAAACUGCUUUUUCUUAACAAACUGCAUAAAUUAGUGAAGCUAUGCUAAUUAUAAAUAGUAUUAGAAAAGCGUAACAUGUAUACAUUACAGAAUAUCCAUUACAUUGUACUUAAUAAACACUACAGUAUCAUUUAGGGCUACACUAGUUUGACAGAUCUUAAUACUAAACAAAUUUGACAAAUCUCUCAAGAUUUUAUUAAUUAUUUUAUGUAUAUUAUGGAUAUUAAUUGCAUACUAUUUUACAUUCCAUCUGAAUCAGGGUCUAUGGUGAUGAAAAUUAAUUAUUUUGGACAUUCAAUUGCUUAUUUUGAUUUGCCAAGGAAUGUAUAACCCAUACUAUACCAUCUCUGUACAUAAUGUGUUAAUUAUACUCGGUGAAAAUGUUCAGGCUGGUUAUGUGUAGUAGUACCUAUGUGCACUGUUAGAUAAAUGUUAUCAUACCCGACUAUUAGUAGCUUGCAAAGCUAAAGAAAAGAAACUGCAUUGUUUAUAGUAAAUAUUGAAAAUAUAAGGAUACCACUCCUGCCAUUAGGUGUCACCAGCUUUGUUGUUCAGCCGGUAAAUAAGCUUCGGUAAUUAUGUAGUGAAUGCACGUCCAUUGAGUUGAAAAGGUAGACAAUAGUGCACUCUGACUGUGGUCCAUUUACUAAGUACAGUAUUUUUUCAUAGUCAAACUUUGGUGAUAAUUAAAUGUGACUUGUAAGACAAACCUACCUUUUAUGCUAAAAUUUUUGGUCAUUAACUUUUUAAUAGCAACGAAGUGCAUGAUUUGAUGUUUUUGAAUUUUGGAAUGUUUAUAAAGUUAAACCAAGUAAUAAGUCUGGAGGGGGUACUAGUAUGUAUUGGUACAAAAUUUAAAUACAGAUAUUUAUUAAGUAGUGUGUGGGUAGGUUAUCCUGUAUCCCAUUAUGUGUUCCUUCAGGAUGUCUUGGUUAACACCUGCUUGACUGUUUGUUAAUACAAAUCUGGUUUUAGUAGGUCAUCAUUAAGAAUGGCCACUGUAAGGGUCUCCAGUUCUGAGGGAAAGAUGGUAUACUUAAUUUAAGGUAUUACCGUAUUUUAUUGAAAAAGGAUGCUUAUGAAAUUAAGUUCGAAUUAGGCAAGCCAUGUAGUGAUUCUUUGUAAGUGCACUGUAUUGGAUCCGUUUUGCCUUUAGGAUUUAAUAGGCAAAAUAUCAGUUUCACAUUAUGUGUUAAUUAUCACAUUAACAUUGCUUUACUCCAGGUCGUAAUUUGUAGAUCCACUUCACUUACUCAUGUAUUAAAUAUUUCUUCUCCUUUCAAGCUGAAGCCACCAUCCUUAAGUUUCAUGAAUUCUUAAUUACGGAAUUGCUUAAUAAAGAUCACCAAGUGUAAUUUCUGAGUGAUGUCUAUAUGUAUAAUCGUUUGCACAGAUUUUGUCAUAUUAGAUUCCUUUCAAGUGUCCGUAUCCAUAUCAGUUCAAGAAGAAGUGGGACAGAAAUUGAAGGUGAUCACAUUUCUCCUUUCUGAAAGCUUGCACCAUGCCCUGUUCAGGCUCUUAUCCUGGUUAAGGAGGAUAUAAAAGAUUAGAAUUUUUGAAUUGUUCCUAGUAACCACAAUAAAUGAUAGGCAAAUGUCCUUCCCCAUGAGUCACAGAGUCACAGUGUACAAAACUCAUGGUUGUGCAAUCUGCUUUGCCAGUUGCACUCCAACCUACUCACCAGCCUUAAAGAUCAUCAACUUUCACGCUUGGAAAUAAAAAGAUCUCUUUUGAAACUUGAGUCAGACUGCUUGGGGAGAAGGGUAUCCUUUCCAUUUUGUUUUCUCCAUUCAAUCACAUGCUUUCAAAAGAAUCCCUGUCUCAUACUAAUUCUGAAGACUCCAUGGCCUUGUCUUUCGACCUCUCCAAACAGCAUUUAUUUCAGUAACUAUAGUGGAGAAAGCUGCCUGAAUCUAUCAGACGUUUCCUCCCCGGUACCUGUUUAUUAAUCAACUUUCCAGUAGUAUUGCACAUAUCAGGUCACUCAUUAUAGUAGUGGCAUAAAGGAAUAUCUCGUUACUCCUCCAACCCAUUGGCAAGUCUUUGCUUCCGGUUCAUUUCAGACACAUCAGGCUUUUGAUUUAAUAAUUUAGUUGAAAUCAGUUAAUUUGAAAAAAAAACAACAUUAACAGGAUGUCACUCAUGAAGCUACUGCUUCCCCCUGUUGUUUCACCUUACAUGACAAAGAUUCUAAGUGAUGAGCCAUGGGAACUCUCCCUUUACUUCCCCCUGACUGCCUUCCACCUUACUUUCACUUCAUCUUCUUUUUCCCCGCCCUAGAAGAUAACAACAAUUUUUAUAUUACUUUUUAUACAGAUAACUAAAUAUUUUACUUGACAACUUUCAUCUUCAAGUAUCAGUUUUAGCUGUGGUUUUUCUAGUACAAUGUGAAACUUUUUCUUAAUGCGCAUAAACCGCUGCCUUUCACUAGAGUGAAGCUGCAUAACAAAGGGACCAUAUGAAGGGAUUCAGGUUUACCAGCCCUGCACAUUUACUAUCAUCACUUAUGGAAUACAGUCUUAUUUUUCUUUAUUAAAUAGUCAUUACAUACUUUGUACUGGUGUGUAAGGUAUAAAGAUGAUUUGUUUGCACAAACAUUUUUUUAUUUUAAUGUUUGCAUAUUUUUGCAACUUUAAACAAAGCCUAAUGUGUAGGGUUUUGGCAGUACAUUAUAAGACCUUUUACCUGCUUUAAAGCUUAUUGUAAAACUGUAUAGUUUGGUAUUUAGCUUAAUUAUAAACGUUCCAGAAAACUGUUCAGAGUAGUAGAUAUAUUUUAUGUUUUGAAAAGUUUGUUAUAGAUGGAAUUGCAUAGGAUGAUGUUGAAUUUUGCACCAGACAUUUUUGCACAGAAAAAAAUUGCGAGCUAGGAAUACUAGGACUGUUUGACCUCAUGAAAUAGUCGUGUUAUACAGUGAUGUCAACUGUGAAAUGUUGGUAAUUUAUUGUAAUUCAGGGAUGAUGACAUAAAAUUAUGGUCAUCUUGCAAUAUGAAUUAUAUUCCUUGAGUAGAAUGCUAACUAUGUCCACUGUGACUAGUCUCAAUUGUUACCAUGAAUCAAGAGCAAAUUUUCUGAGUUUAUUUCAUUUAAAAGUAAGCUUGAGGUUCCAUCAGAAUAUGCAACUUUACAAAACUUAUUGUCUGCCUCAGUAUUAAUUAUCAAUUUAGGUGUUAUAAGGUCAAAUCAACAGUAUUGCCAUAAUGACUAGUGACUUAUCAGUAUUGUACAAUUACUGAAAAAUAUCAGCACUUUACUAUGGUAAUACUUUUUACACAUAAAUUAUGGAACUGAGUUACCUAAAAUGAUAAGUACCAUGCAGAAUUAUAGGAUUUCUUACAAAACCUCAUUACAGGAAAUGAGUGGCAGUAAUUGCAAAUUAUUCAUUGUAAUUUUUGAUAGCACUAAUAAAUUACAACCAUGUACAUCAUCUCUGGAAACAGUUUGUAAAUGCCUAAAUUGUGGAUUGGACGAGAAGCGGUGCUUUCAACAUGGUAUGACCGUUGGCCUAAAUUGUGGAACGUGAAUGAUUUAAACAUUGUAGUGUCUAAACUUCCAGGAACAAUAAACUCAAGGUUUGGAAAUCACGUACUUGGCUAGUGUAUCAUUCUUGUAAAUGAUAUUUUUACUGGUAUUAGGUGAUUGAGGCAUUAGAAUGGGAUGUUGUCUCAGGAUAAAAUUUGUCAUAAAAGAUCUGCUCUACAAUACACAUAUUGCUUACUGUUGUAUGUUUACUGCAAUUUUUAUGUUGUGCUAUCCACUUGAAUACAUUAUAUGAUUCAUCUGUAUUUGGAGGCCUUUACUAUGACUUUCAAGUAAUUAUUGAGGAGUGAGGAAUUUUACCAUUUAUUUCAGAAAAAUCUGAUUUAUAGGGUUCUGUAGUUUGAAAGUAUUUCAGGUACAGUACAUAUAUGUCUUGUAGAGCAGAUAGUUUUGCCAUGACUGUUAAUGCACUCUAGAAUAGUGUAAAAAUAUUGUAGUUCUGUAGUACUGCACUUUUGCACAUAUUUUUCUAUGUUUAUAUUUCUGAAAGUAAAUUAUAUUGACCAUACCAUAUUUUUUAGAUACAGUAGGUCAUAUAUUACAAAUAUAUGUUAAAAUGAGAAAUAAAUUUUAAUGUAUUUUUAGAUGUUGAACUUUGGAAAACCAUGUUCAUAUUUAAGUAUUUAAAACCAUGUUUUGAGAGUUACUUGUAUGAAGUUAAUGACUUUUUUUUUUUCUUUUAAGCUGAGACUUGAUUUGCCAAAUUGCAAAGAAUUUUGCAAUCACUGACACAUUAAUUAUAAACUUGUGAAGAUAGGAGCAUGACAGGUGUUAGCAAUCAUCUGUAUAGUCUCCUGUAAAAACUUUUAAGGUUACAUUUUUGGGGGAAUAAAAUUCUUGAAGAAAAGUUAUAAGCAAUCAAUGAAGAAUGAAAUGCUGAACAAAAAAUAUUGUUUCUCUAUUUCUUGUCUUCCUUCUGUAUUCAUUAAUGUAUUGUUUGCAAUGCAUGCCGAUCAUUUUCACCUGUCAUUAAGGGAAUGAGAAAUAAAGGCAAGAGCAGCAUGCUUAAAAAAAGUACUAACUAAUUUCUACUGCGGAUAGGGAAAAUGUGUGGUUUUAUGAAUGUUUUGCUGCAAAAGUUGACUAUGAUAUACAGCUUUCUCACUCUGCAUAGUUGGAAAUUACAGUACUAUAUGCUUUUGGGGGGAGAAGGAGAUAAGCUAACACUACGUAUGUUUUGCACUGAUUCAGUAUAGUACUGUAUUCUGGAAUCUACAGUAAAUUAUUGAACAUCUUGGAUUUUAUCUUAGUUUUCCUAAAUUAAGUCUGUUUUAAUCCACUUUCAGUUGCAUUCGAACAUUUUGGGUUUGCCCUAGAUUUCCUGUAUUGUCACUAUUUUAAGCAACAGGUAAUAUUUAUCAGUUAAAUUUUUUCUCUCAAGUGCCAUUAAGAUGACAGCAACCAACAUUACAUGUUCAACUGUUUGGAAUGCUUUAAUCAUAUUGUCAUUUGUGAUAGUUCAGUGGCAGUAGAGGAAAAUAUUUAUUGUACAUAUUAUGACUAUCCACUGACUUGUAAAUAGUUCAUACAGCAUGAAUUGUAUAUUUUUGAAAGAUAACGUAAUUGAAGCAUUUCUUGCACAAGAAUGUAUCUGUCCAUGGGUGCUAUUAUGUAAAACUAGAAUUUGUGAUAAUUUACAGAUACGUAUAUUAAUAUGAAUUUGGUAAAAUUGUCCAUAAUAAAAAUAAAGCAAGCUUCAGUUGAUCUUGUACUUUAAAUUCAUCUAAAAAUAAUUGAGUUCAUUGGUACUUUAUUACUUGUAAACUUGCCAUAAAAUUUAUUUACUUAUACCAUCCCAUUUUCAGUUUUUAAUUUUUUUUAUUCCUUUUCUAUGUGGGAAAGGUUAUGCACAAUCAGUGGUAGGAUGUUAUUGCCAAUGUUUUUAAGACCAAUUAAGAUUAAAAGGAUUUAGGUGAGAUGUUCAUGUUAAUGAGAAACUAUUGUAUGUAUGCUGAAAGCUUAAUAAAACUUGUUAACAUUUCUUAUAAAAUACAAAAAUAUUACAUUCCCAAUAUACUAUUUUUCUACCAAAAAUACAGACUCUUCCCUGUCUUACUGUCUUAUAAUAGCUGAUGCAUAAUUGUUAAUAAAGUGUAUUUUUGAAAUAAAGCAUAGAUAUAUAUGUACAGUAUUUAUACUUUCUUUUAAUUUUUCAUUGAACUGAACUGGAGAUUUCACUAGGAUUAUGGCUUUAGAACAAUGCUAGUACAGAAUUUGUAUUAUAUACUGAUUUUCUUUUGUAUUUUGUAAUUUAAUGGGUUACUGAUGGUUUUGUUCAGGUUUUACUGCACUUAGAAAUAAUGUACAGUAUAUGUACUGAAUGAUGUUGAAAUAUAAUUUUUAAAAUUA